AAGAUAGGCCCAUCUUCAAUCAUUUUAGCUACACAACAAGUUCACAGAAACUCACUCUCCCAAAACCUUCCUCUUCCAUCAUCCUCUUCAAGGGUGAUAUAUUGGUUACUAGAUUUGUGAUGAGUUGGAUUGGAGGUUUGGAGUAGCAAGAUUGGAUUAAAAAGAAAAAAAAUGAGGAACAUGAUUCUAAGCAUUGCCACACAAAUCAUGGUCAUGGCUAUCAUCAUCUCAAUAGUGCUCUUGUUCAUUGGCAUUGGGGUUCUAGUCCUCAUCCAUGCUUGUAUUGUGGGAAGGGCUUUCAGGAGAGGCCUUAGUACCAUGACAAGGGGUGACACUUGUGAGAAAACUAACCAUGGCUUGUCACUUGAUGACUUGCAACAACUCCCUUGUUUUGAGUUUCGGGGAGGUGGCGGUGCUGCUGCCAUCGGCACAUUGGACUGUGCUGUUUGUCUUGAGAGCUUUCAGAUUGGUGAGAAGUGUAGGUUGCUUCCUGUCUGUAAACAUAGUUUUCAUGUGCACUGUGUGGACUCUUGGCUGAUGAUGAGUCCCAUUUGCCCCAUUUGCCGGACUAGUGUUGAUCAUCGCAAAAUUGGUAGUGUUUCCGGUGUUGGGAUUGAGCUUGGAGACACACCGGGAGUUGUUGUCGGGUUUCUGGUCAGUGAUGCUCAUUCUUAGUAGGAUGUGUUUGAUAUUUUGAUACUGAAUGAAUGCUGUGUGUCUUUGUCUAUAGAGAAUGAAUGCAUUGUGAUUAGUAUGAUUUAUCGCUUGUUUCAUUUAAAUGAUAAAAUGCUAGAUUUUACUGGUU